AUGAAGGCGGCCCAGGCCUCGGGCGAGGAGGCGCCGGGCGGCGCGCGGUCGGUCAAGGUGGUCCUCGUGGGCGACGGCGGCUGCGGGAAGACGUCGCUGCUGAUGGUCUUCGCGGAGGGGGCCUUCCCCGAGAGCUACACCCCCACGGUGUUUGAGCGGCUUGCUGUGAAUCUGCAGGUGAAAGGCAAACCCGUCCACCUCCAAAUCUGGGACACAGCAGGGCAAGUGGACUAUGACCGCCUGCGGCCCCUGUUCUACCCUGAUGCCAGCGUCCUGCUCCUCUGCUUUGACGUCACCAGUCCACACAGCUUCGACAACAUCUCUAACCGGUGGUACCCAGAGGUGAAUCACUUCUGCAAGGAGGUGCCCGUCGUCGUCGUGGGCUGCAAGACCGACCUGCGCAAGGACAAGUCGCUGGUGAAGAAGCUGCGGAAAAACGGGUUGGAACCUGUGACCUACCACAGGGGCCAGGAGAUGGCGCGGGCCGUGGGCGCCGUGGCCUACCUCGAAUGCUCGGCUCUGCUCCAGGAGAACGUCCAUGCCGUCUUCCAGGAGGCAGCCGAGGUGGCCCUCAGCAGCCGCGGUCGCAACUUCUGGAGGCGGAUCACCCGGAGCUUUUGUGUGGUGACCUGAGGGCCUGGGGCCCUCCCCGCCCGACUGCCCUCGCAGCACAGGAAGGAGCUGGUUGCUGACCUUCUCCUUAGCUGGCUGGGCUGGACCCAGUCCCCAGGCUGUGACCACCGAACUGUACCUCAAACAGAUGGGCACCCCCGAGGCCAGCCCCCCGCAACCCUGGGGCUGGGAUCCUGGAAUUGCAGCGAAACCCCUCUGAGGCCUGAGGAAAGGGGGUCCCAGGCUCACCAGUCCUAUGGAGGGCUGGUCCUGGAGACCUCUGACUCGCUCCCAUCUCCCAGCCCUGGACCACACACCCUGGAGUGGCCUGUGUGCCCUGGCGCCACCUUGUGGCUCUUCUUAGGGCUGUACCCACCCCACCCACUCACUC